ACGUUGCUGAUUUAAGGAUUACUGCCCCUACUAGAAUGCGGGAUCAUCUAAAUAGCUAGAACUCUAUGAAAAGGACAGAAACAGAGAGAGCAAGCUAACAGAAGUACUAGCAUCGUUAGCAUAGGUGGGUGGCUGUUUUGUUUGCUGCAGUACUGUUAACGUCAGAAGUUGGCCUUUAUUGAUAAAGCACCGUAUAUGGAUCCUCACAUCAGUGUUAAAGACGAACCCACUAGUGAUGAUGACGUUACACACAGCUGGUGCAACCCUGUCCAGCCCUCACAAAUGGACUACAGUCAUGAAGGUGCUGUUGAUAAGUCUGAGUUGGAACCAGAUGACCUUCCAGGCCUCAGUGAGGCAAGAAAACCAACAUUCAAUGUGAUUGUCAAAGAGGAGGAGGAAGAUGAGGAUGAUGAGGACAUGGUUGACCGAGGUUCAGACACUGACUACACACCAAGUCCCGCUGUGGUAGUGAAGGUGGGACAACCCAAACCACCAAAGAAUAAGAACACAGUAAAGAAACUUCACCAGUGCCCCGACUGUGGUAAAACCUUUGAGAGGCUAUCGCGUCUGAAGAGGCACGAGCCAUCACACUUGAGGAAGAGCAAGCACCUGUGCCCUGACUGCAACCAGUCUUUUGGCAACCUCUCAGUCCUGAAGAAACACAGGGCAACACACAAGAGCACCGAGAAGCUGACUCACCAGUGUCAACAAUGUGGCAAGACGUUGAGAAGCUAUCGCGCCUCAGAAGGCACCAGCCCGUACACCAGAGGAGAAAGAGGAUGGACCACCCGUGUCCUAAAUGUGGCAAGACCUUCAAGAAGUUAUCCGGCCUGGUUCGGCACGAGCGAGGACACACUGGAGAGAAACGUUCCCUUGCUCCCAGUGCGGGAAGAGCUUUGCCGACGACCGUCACCGGAAAGUGCACGAGCAGGCUCACCAAGGAAGCUUGAGACCCCACGCUGCGCUGACUGCGGGAUCUGCUUCCCCAAACCAUCCGAGCUCGACGGCACCAACGCGCCACACGGGGAGAAACCGCACCGCUGCCCUGACUGUGGGAAGGCCUAUUCCCGGUCAGAGACUCUGAAGAGGCACCUUCUCAUCCACACAGGGGGAGAGACCUCACCUCUGCACUGA